UAUGUUCGGGAAACGAGACAAAAUGGACGUUCGGUGCCACUCGGACGCAGAGGCUGCCCGGGUCUCCAAGAAUGCGCACAAGGAGAGCCGGGAGAGCAAGGGCGCGGAGGGGAACCUCCCUGCCUCCUUCCUCAAGGAACCGCAGGGCGCCUUCUCUGCGUCGGGCGCCGCGGAAGAUUGUAACAAAAGUAAAUCCAAUUCAACCGCGGAUCCGGAGUACUGCCGCCGGAUCCUGGUCCGAGAUGCCAAGGGGUCCAUCCGAGAGAUCAUCCUGCCCAAGGGCCUGGACCUGGAUCGGCCCAAGAGGACGCGCACUUCCUUCACCGCGGAGCAGCUCUACCGGCUGGAGAUGGAGUUCCAGCGCUGCCAGUACGUGGUGGGCCGGGAGAGAACCGAGCUCGCUCGGCAGCUCAACCUCUCAGAGACCCAGGUGAAGGUCUGGUUCCAGAACCGGCGCACGAAGCAGAAGAAGGACCAAGGCAAGGACUCGGAGCUGCGCUCGGUGGUGUCGGAGACGGCGGCCACGUGCAGCGUGCUGCGGCUGCUGGAGCAGGGCCGCCUGCUGUCGCCGCCCGGCCUGCCUGCGCUGCUGCCGCCAUGCGCCACAGGCGCACUCGGCUCGGCGCUACGCGGCCCUAACCUGCCGGCCCUGGGCGCGGGCUCUGCCGCGGGCUCGGCAGCCGCCGCCGCCCCGGGUCCCGCAGGCGCCGCGUCCCCGCACCCGCCGGCAGUGGGAGGCGCUCCGGGCCCCGGGCCCACCGGGCCAGGAGGACUGCACGCGGGCGCACCGGCCGCCGGCCACGGCCUCUUCAGCCUGCCCGUGCCCUCGCUGCUCGGAUCCGUCGCCAGCCGCCUUUCCUCCGCCCCGUUGACAAUGGCCGGUUCGCUGGCCGGGAAUUUGCAAGAACUCUCCGCCCGAUACCUGAGCUCCUCGGCCUUCGAGCCUUACUCCCGGACCAACAAUAAAGAAGGGGCCGAGAAAAAAGCGCUGGACUGAUCUUAAGUGUUGUCCUGUAUUUAUAUUUAUAGUAUCUAUCGUGGUGAUAUUUAUGGAUUCACGCGCAUUAGGCACCCGGGGCCCCUGCGCUGGGCUCCCGGCUCCCAAGAGGCCUCUGACAGCUCUCCUUCCCCACCAGGCUCUGCUACCAAUAUUACCCCAUUUGGGCUAUUUUUUCCCCCUACCGUUCCUCUGUGUCCUCCCACACCCACCCUUCGCCCCCAACUUCCUUCUGAAUCCAGGAGAAUCCAAAGAAUUGGGGGGAAAGCCCGAGUUAGCCAACCUGAUGCCCCAACUAGUGCCUGGCCCUGGAGGGUAAAGUCUGGUUCUAAGGCCGGAGCACAGGACAUCUGCUCUAGAUCGAGCCACUGCUGCCGUUGAUUAUUCUUAUGGAUAUCUGAAAAAGGAAGCUGCGAGCAGACCCCAGCUGAAAAGGCUGACAGAGUUCAUUAGACCAAAAAGGAGGACGUUCCUUCCUCUCGCCAGAGAAGCCCCUGGGCCCCACUUUGCGGACUUCUCGAGACAGCCGGUGCACACGCAGCUUCCUGGCUGGACAAAUCCUGCCGAAUUUUCUCCCCUUUAAAGAAACUCCAAUCACAACCACCCCCGACCCCAGGAGACAAUAAACCAAACAUCGUGAUGGGCAGCGGCAGUAAUAAAUUUGAUCUCAUCAGCAAUAAAAGGAGAGUAAGAACUACCACACAAAACCAAAUGGAGUGGAACCAGUUUUUAAAUACUCAUAACGAUGGAGUUUAGAAGGCGUAAGAAAAUGCAGGAUACAAAAUGCGUCCCAGGGCAAUACAAAAUUAAAGUUCUGGGUGUAAUGACUUAAAACAGGAAUUUAAAAGGGAAAAGCAAAAGAAAAGCCUAUGCUGCUAAGUGAAAGAAAAUUCAGAAUCUUUUCCGAGGCUGCGCCGGGAGGCGGCCGACAGCUUCACGCUCCUCCAGGAGAGAGAGCUGUGCAGCUGGCGGCAGCUCCCGGACGCUGGCGCUUCUCCCCACCGUCUCCCUUGUUCCCGGACCCGUGGCUCCGGGCAGAGUUGCUAGGUUUGGAAACAGAUCAGUGCCCAUUGCCUCCUCUCGCCCUCUCCCCGGAUUCACAAAACCCUCCCAGCACGCAGGAAACGUCCCGAUUUCAGAGUUCUUUGCGGACGGGAGGCAGGGACGCAGCCGGGGACAUCAGGGCGGCCCGGCCUCCUCUGUCGGUAGUCUCCAUAUCCCGAUCAGUUCCCUGCGUGGAUAUGAAAGGCAUCCCUCUCCACCGCCUCCCCUAAAACACCCCAGGGUUUCGACGGUCCCAAGUCAGAAACCCGGACCGCGACGCUGUCGCGGCCUCACGCCCUAACCGCACAGCCACGGCCACCCGCAUUUUAACCAAAACCACAGACCCAGACGGCGAGGUGCCGCAGUGUCUAGAAUGUAUUCCUCCAUCCGAAGCGAGCGCAGAGCAUUUUAAAAAUAGUAAUUUUAUUGUAAAUUAUUUACGUCGGAAGCUUUUUUUCCUUUUUUCUUUUCUUUUCUUUCUGUCUCUCUUUUUUUUCCUUAGGCAAAUAGUGAAGAAAAUAAUGAACGAUUCAAACGCGGGUAGGUGUCACUGAAUCCUGGCUACUAACUUUGUUCUGAAUGUUUUGGAUAUUUGGAUGUUUUGUAUUUAU